AUGUUUGUCUCAGCUGUUGUGUCUUUGUACAUGAGUGUUGUAGUACUCACACAAGCUGAGGGUAAGAGGGUCGUCAUGUUGCCCGGCAUUACCAAAAGUUAUUUUAUCCAACACGCCAACAUAGGCCAGGCUCUGAUAGACCUGGGUCACGAGGUGUGGAUCUUCAUGCCAGAGUACCUGAGUAACUCCAGCUUGAUCAAACAUAAAGACAUCAAGAUCUCAACGUUUGGGGAAACGCUGGGGGACAUGGAGGAAGAGAUUUUUAAAAACUCCAAGCUAGUUGAUAAUUUCUGGAAUAACAAAGAUGCGCCAUUGGCUACAUUCGUUUCUGCUGCCAGAGAAUUUAGAAAAUUAAUUAACAAAAUUUUAGAUGAGAAAUCUUUUAUUGAUAAGAUCAGGAACAUCAACCCAGACUUGUUGGUCGUUGAUGGUUUUAUGUUUAAUCGAAAUUUGUUUGUUAUUCCAUACAAGUUGGAUGUUCCUUUCGCUGUUGUGGGAUUUGUGCAUGACCCAAUUGUUCAUAGAGUGCCAUUUAGUCCUGCUGAAGAACCAACAGUACCAGACAGAGUAACCAACAAAAUGACCUUCUAUCAAAGACUAACCUCUACCUUACGUACGAUUCUAGAGUUCAGCUAUGACGUAUUCUCUGAUAGUGACAUUGUGACUAGAAUAGCACCAGAAAAACCCUACACGACAAUUGGUGAUAUUAUAUUAAAAGCUGAAAUUUUUAUUACCGAACUUGAUCACAUCCUAGAUUAUCCCAGACCAAUGUUACCCAACACAAAGCUGAUUGGUGGAUCUUCUGUCAGUGAGCCAAAACCUUUGAUUGGUGAGUUUAAACAGUUUGUUGAAAAAUCAACCAAUGGGAUUGUCGUUGUGUCUUUUGGAAGUAACGAAAUUCCUUUCCCUCAAAAUAUUUUAGCCAAACUCUCGUCUGCUUUUGAACUUCUCGACCUUAACGUCAUUUGGCGAGUCAACAUGACCUCCACUGUGCCAACAAAAAUUAUGACGUCACACUGGAUUCCACAGAAUGACCUACUUGGUCACCCAAAGAUCAAAGUUUUUGUUACACAUUGUGGAAAAAAUAGCCAAUACGAGGCGUUGUACCAUGCAGUGCCUAUGUUCUGUCUACCCUUAUGCAGCGACCAGUUCUACAAUGCUGAAAGAAUUGUUAUCAAAGGUUACGGGUUGGCUGCAGAUAUAAGAAAGAUCUCAGCAGACAGAAUUGCUAACACCAUAAAAGAACUCGACAACGACAAAAAAUACAAAAGAAAUAUUGAGAAAGCGUCCAAACUAUUCAAAGAGCUUUACAAAGUUCCAUCCAAAGAAGCCGCUUACUGGAUAGAUCACGUGAUGAAGUAUGGCGGAGACUAUAUGAGGUCAUCAGGACAGGAAAUGCCGUUGUAUCAAUUUCUCCUUCUUGACGUCAUCGCUUUUAUUACAGCUGUUCUGUCUGGCGUUGUCUUUAGUUUUAUCCUCAUUGUCAGGUUUUUGUUUAGGUGGAUGCCACAGUACAUAAGAUCAAAAGCUAAAAAGGAAUAA